CCGGCCUCGGUGCAUUGCCGCGGUUGCGCGCACAGGCGGCGGAGGUGGGGCAGGUGGCGGGAGAUGCUGGCUGGAGAGUGCAGCACAGAUUGGCUUUCCGCGAACUGACCGCCACACACGCCGCAGUCAGACCUCGGCACCAGUCACGGGAAGCAGAGAGGCGCAGUGUCCCUCUAGCCCAGAAGCAGUGACUCCAUCACAGGUUCAAAGGGAGAGGCAAAAUGCUGUGGAUUGCCAUUGUUUUGUUAUGCGGGAUGGUUAGGCAGCUGGAUGCAGACUGCCUGGCAACUGGGAACCACAAAACUUCCCCAAGCCCUGAAGCACAUCUUCGCGACUGCCCAUUAUACGCGAACAAUGCUUGCUGUUCAGUGGAUACAAGCGGCAAGAUGAAUAUCUCACUAGACACCGCGUCCCGGAACAGUUGUGGGUCCUUAAGCUCAAAAUGCCAGAAGUUCUUCAAGCAGCUGUUGUGUUUCUACCACUGCUCCCCGGACACCACAAUUUGGGAAAAUCGGACUCUUUCCGAUCACCUUCUGAACGUACCUCUCUGCCACGGCUUCUGUGGCCAAUGGUACAAAGCUUGCAAGAAUGAUCUGACCUGCACUAAGAACUGGAAUUCUGGCUUAUGGUCAUCAAAUGCCACUGCGACCAACUGUACCUCAGAAUGUAUUCCUUUUAGUAAGAUGUACAAGAACGGAAGGGAUUUGUGCGAGAGUGCUGAAGGCGACUCUUUCAAGGUCAGAUCCUGCAACUGCUUGAACAUGGACAAGGACGACGAGAAAGUGAUGAAAAGUGUGAUGCAGGGGGACAGCACCAAGGACGUCUUUACUGAAAAGCCCCAAUGCAGAGGGAAGCGUAGCAUCAUGAACAAGCUGAAGCUCUCCAUCCGCAAGCGUUCCCUCUUCGUAGAAGACAUCGAUGGCAGUGGAAGUGGGUUCCCAGCAACCGAAUAGUUGAACCACAAUCGCUAACUUUUAUUUUGCAUAGUGCUGUUCUUGUUAACAAAAUGUCCCCUCCUGUGUUUAUGCUGAUAAAAAGCUCCAAAGGUAUCGCUCACUGCUAACGCUGGCAAUUACCCAGCCUUUCCCUAACCCGAUGCAGGCCUCUCAUGGUCUGAGUUGACAUGACGUUCCUUCCCCUCCCUAACCCCAAUCAUUUUCUUCUGAGCAUGUAACCUUGGUCAUGGGGAGAAGGCAGGAAAAUGGGGUUGAGAGGGAUAAUAAAUCAGCCAUAAUGGCAUUGUGGAGCAGGUUUGAUGGGCAAAAUGUCCUAAUUCUGCUCCUAGGUUUUAUGUCUAUGAGCAUCAUCAAACAUUUUUCUCUUCCAAGCCCAGUGUUAUGUAGGUAUGUGUGCAGCAAGAAUGACAGUAGUAUGAUUAAACAUGUUCCCUGAGUCGUGUUAGCCACUGUACACGCUGGAGUACAGUGCAGAAGUGAUGGACUGGGCCCACUGAAAUUAAAACAGGUGCACUCGAGAGCCAGGUUAAAAAGAGAGAGCCCCCCCCGCCCCACCCAGCGUACGAUUCUCAACUGAUUCACUGCAUGAUCAGUCGGUGACUUGGCACAUUCUUACAAUCAAUCUGAUACGGUUUACCCACUACUAAGCCAAGAGCCACAAAUGAGAGUUCAAUAGAGGUAAAAUAUCUCCCAAUCCAUAUGAAGCCUGUUCCUGUCCCACCUGCCCUGGGCUAUUCUCCCCUCUCUCAGUCUAUCCAACUCAGUUACCUAAGCCCAUCACCCCUGCUGGGGCAUGCUGGCAGUCCUCCAUCCUGGGCCAGUCUUUCAAGUUGUCCCAGUUGUAGCCCAUCUUCUUGGUGGCAGCUUCAAGGUCACAUCGCCGGGUGAUCUUUGACCUGCCUUUCUUGAUCACCCCUGUGGCUUCCACAAACUUGCAGCUUUCACUACACAGCUUCAUAGAUCUUCGAAGUGAAGAUAAGUCCUCUCCCAAGGUUUAAGGACUUUGGAGCUUCUGUUGGAGUUCCUGUAGCGCAGGGGUUUAAUGGAAUAGGCUUGGGACCAUCCAUGGAGGCAUUAGUUAGGACACUAAUUAGUUCAGAAAAAAUUCCAAGGCAACAUUCUGCAGGGUACAAUGGGAGGCAACACCCCUUCAGCUGGUUGGUCUAUUAAGAGAUGGUUAGAUAUUUAUUUAUUCUCGGCUCCCCCUAGCUAAAACUGUGUUAAUCACCAUUUACAAUUUUGUCCACAGAAGGGAUGCCCUCUUUGAAAAAACAGCUAUAAUAAAAUGAAGUUCCAUCAUAAAGCCUUCUCCAAUGCCCAAUUCAUUAACUACUUUCUGUUUUCACUCCAAAGUCCUUUCAAUCCAAUCAAUGUAUCUAAUUUUCCUUAGCAAGUUCACAGUUUAAUCCAUGUAGUGAUAUCCUGUGGAUUAAACAAGCAAGCACCUAAAAGUUAUAGAAUUUCUCCCUAAAAAGUACAAUUUCCUGACAGUAAUAGUCUCACAACUAUGACCUACGUUCAUAUGUAUGGGUUCAAGGCCAUUAUUUUGGCAGCGUGUUUAAACAACCUCCUCUAAUCUUAAGUUUCAAUCUUGCAAGAAACAAUUGCCACGUAAACCUACUGAAAUGUAUCCUAUCCCAAAUAGGUUCCAUUCUUUACUGUUAGAAAUGCCCAUGAUUUCUGUAGCUAAUUCAGACUCAACAUUGUACGUCUGUUCUCUAGUUCCUUGCCAACCCAUAUUAAGCAGCCAGUUUACAUCCAGGCUUGCUUUGUUUUAAAAAAAACAUAAAUCACAUCCUCCCCACAAAACUGAAAACAGUAUUUAUCCACAGUUAAUAUCAAAAAAUCACCUGUAAGCAUCAUCUUGGCAUGGCCAAUCUCUUCUAACUCUAAUUGGCAAAUUUAUUGAACAGGGUGCUUAUUUUUGGGUGAAGAUCUUCUUAAAACCAACCUGCAUUAUCGCCAUGAGCGAGCAGAUGUUUGAAAAUCCAGUUGAAACCACAUGCAAUUCACUUCUAGCUCCUGUAAAGAGGAAAAAGAGAAUUAAGACUAAGGUUAUAAAUACUUUGUAAAGGCUGUACUUCCCAUUCUUUGAGGCCUGUUGGGGAACAGAAAGAAAACCAAACUGCAAUCUCUGCUUGGAUAAAUGCAAAGAUGUAGUUUACAUGCUGGUUUUAAUAAAUUAAGCAUUAUUGCUUUCAAAAUAUCUCAACCAAACAGUUAUUUUUCUGCCCAUGUCUAUUGCUCUUUAUGUAAUAGAAUUGUAGACAAUAAUGCUCCUUAUGUAAUAGAAUGGCAUGCAAUAACUAAGGAAUAUUAGUGUAAUCUGGUGACAAUUUAAAAACAAAUUUGAGGAAAUAGCGCUGCCACAUGGGGGUAGAACGCUAUUCAUUGUUCAAUGCUUUGGUUGAUGUGGAACACAGUUAUUCGACGCACAUAUGGGGAUUUCAAAAAAACACAGCACUCAUAGAAAAGUCAUUUAGUCUUAUAAUCUCACAUUGUUCCGUUGCUCUCAUACUUCAGGGAAAAAGUUGAUGAUAAAUGCCAGUCAGUGAUUACCUGUGACUGUGAAGUCUUGGCCCAAGUGAUUAUUGUUUACUCAAUUCUCAAGCACGAACAAUGGCGGUCUACUUGACUGAGCAGAGACAGAAGCUCUCCCAAAGUUUUAAAGUUCAAAGUAAAUUUAUUAUUGAAGUAUAUUUAUGUUACCAUAUAUACUACCCUGAGAUCCAUUUUCUAGCAGGCAUUCACAGUAGGAAAAAGAAAUACAAGAGAAUCAGUGAAAAGCUACACACAAAGACCGACAACCAGUGAGCAAAGGACAAACUGUAAAUAAAAAUACAUACACAAAUAAAUUAAAUACUGAGAAUGGAAGUCCUUGGAAGUGAGUCCAUAGGUUGUGGAAUCAGUUCAGUGCUGAGGUGAGUGGGGGUAUCCAUGUCGGUUCAGAAGCCGGGUGAUUGAAAGCUAAUAACUGUUCCUGAAAGCUGGUGGUGUGGGACCUAAGGUACCUCCUCCCUGAUGGCAGCAGCGGGAAGAGAGCAGGGCCUGGAUGGUGGGGGUGUGGGAGAAGUAAAGGAUAUCCUUGAUGAUGGCUGAUGACAGUGCUCCUUGUAGAUGUGCUCAGUGGUGCGGGGCGGGGGCUUUUCCCUGUGGUGGAGUAGAUUGGAUCCACCACCUUUUGUAGGUUUUGUCUUGGCCAUACAAAUCCAACUUUUUCAACUGAGUCCAUGGGUACAUUUUGUAUGUCCCUAAUAUCCUUUCUGGCAUGAGAGCACUAAUACUUCAUUGUAACUAUAGCAUUCAGUACAAUUGGAUUAACCAUAAAUAGCACAUUAUUGAUAUUACAAACAAUGAAGGAACACUGCAAUCAGUAACUUCGGAUCUCCCUAUUGACAUCUAAGUGUUUAAUUACUCGAAAAUUAAGGCUAAGAUGGGUGGCAACUUGUUCACUGUCCCUUUUAUAUACAAUUCCUAAUUAGGUAUGGGAAAUGUGGAUGUGAAAUAAAAAUUAUUAUCCUCCAUUUGAUCAUCCUUAUUCUGUACAAUUAAUGUACAAAAUACCAAUUUUCCCCACAACUUCAACUCCAGACCUAACUCCCGAUAGAAGGGAUGCAAGGUGAAAGUCGCUCUUGUGUUGCAGACAUUUCCUUUGGACUAAAUUAUCAGCAUCCUCCUGAUCACACAAUAUACUAGAAUCAUGCCCCAAUCUAGUACUUUCAAAAUCUAAAAAAAUGACAGUUUCCUUCAGUCUUGUUUUUUUGUAUUUUAGACUAAGUACCUGCUGUAUCGUCUAGUGAUUGUUGGUUAUAAAGUCUAUCUACUAUUUGGGCCACCCAUGACGGAUUCUGGCCCUAUGCAGUGUGCGCUGUAGACAGGAACGUUAAGAAAUAGUUGUCCUUGUAUAAAUGGAUAGUGCACCUUGUUUCUGCAUCUACUGUAUUUUAUUAACCAGGUAUCUGUCCCUAUACUACAAAUGUUGUGCAAUUCUACAGAACUGUUGAGAUUUACUAAUAAAAGUGGGAACCAUGGUGAUAAAAAAAA